UAGUAGAAGUAGUAGUAGUCAUGAAAUCCGUGGCAAAAUACUAAUACUAAUAUUAAUACUAAUACUAAUUACUAAUACAGUGAUUAGUGCUAAUCCUCUUCUCUCAGAAACCCCUGACCAGAAAAACCAAACCAAACAAAAAAAAAAAAGCUAGUUUCAGAUAGAGUGAAUAGAGAGAAGAGAGAAGAGAGAAGAGAGAAGAGAGAGAGAGAUCUUUGGCAUUUCCGCCAAAAGAAAAAAUUUAUUUAUAUUGUUACAAUUAUUGUUAUUGUAUAAUAUAAUUAUAUAUAAAAGGUUAAAAGGGUCGGCUUUAGAUUUGGAGGAGCUUCCGCCAAUUAUGGCAGACAAACAACAAUAGUCAGCUCUUGUGUUGCUUAAGAGUUUUGGAAUUUGAUCUGGUUUAUUUGGGAAAAGAGGGAAGUGGGUUAUGCUUGAAGUGGAUAUUGAAGUAUUUUCUGAGGUGGGUUUUUUGUUAUAUUGAGUAUCGAUCAUAUAUAUAAAUAUAUAUAUAUAUAUAUAUACAGAGAUAUAUUUAUAGGAGUCGGUGAUAUUGGUUUUGUUUGAGUAAGUUGAAAUGGGUGACACUGAAGAAGUUCAUAGUGAAAGGAUUCAAAGGCUUCAAUCUUCGUUUGGAACUUCGUCUUCAUCAAUUAUGAAACAACCUUUAGCCGUAGACCAACUAAGCAUACCUCAAUUAAACCCUUCACAGUUUCGUUCUCGGCAUUUUCCUCAAAGCUUUAAUAAUGGUGGUGAUAGUGGUAAGAGAGUGGGUAUACCACCCUCACAUCCUCACCAGAUCCCACCCAUUUCACCGUAUUCUCAGAUCCCAGUCUCCCGUCCGACCAACCAACAAAUGGGUUCUCAGAAUUUCAAUCCGGGACCAACUCAUUCUCGAUCUUUGUCUCAGCCAGCCUUUUUCUCUCUCGAUUCACUCCCUCCGUUGAGUCCUUCGCCGUACCGGGACUCGCCGUCGACUUCAAUUUCCGACCAAUUAUCGACCGACGUGGCCAUGGAGGACAGGGACUCUAAUUCCCAUGCGCUAUUGCCGCCUUCUUCGCCCUUUGGCAGCAAAGGUAGUUCACCGAGGGUUGGGGAGAGUUUGCCACCCCGGAAAUCUCACCGGCGUUCGAACAGCGAUAUCCCAUUUGGGUUUUCAUCACCCCCUUUUACUCCUCUGGGGGUUUCCAGUGGCUUUGAGCGGUCUAUGUCGAGCCGAGAGAACUCCGGGUUUGUAAUGAAGCAGCCCCCGGCUCAGUUGGUGAAGAAGGAAAUGAGUUGGGAAAGAGGUGGUGAAAGCAAUGCUGAAGGAAUGGGAGAGAGGAAAUCUGAGGGUGAGGUGGUUGAUGACUUGUUUUCGGCUUACAUGAACUUGGAAAGUAUUGAUGCAUUGAAUUCUUCUGGGAAUGAUGACAAGAAUGGCGGGACUGAGAAUCGCGAAGAUUUGGAUAGUAGAGCGAGCGGGACUAAGACUAAUGGUGGUGAUAGUAGCGAUAAUGAAGCUGAAAGCAGUGCAAAUGGGAGAACUGGAUCGAGUUCGAAUAAAAGGAGUGCUGGUGGAGAUAUUGCUCCAACCUCAAGGCAUUACAGGAGCGUUUCUAUGGAUAGUUUCAUGGAUAAGUUGAGCUUUGGGGAGGAAUCCCCGAAAGUGGAAGUUUCACAAGGAAAUCGCAGUGGACAACAUUCCCCGAGCGACUCCAUGGACGGAAACUCCAAUGCUUUCAGCUUGGAGUUUGGGAAUGGGGAGUUUAGUGGCGCUGAGCUAAAGAAAAUAAUGGCUAAUGAUAAACUCGCUGAGAUUGCAUUGACCGAUCCAAAGCGUGCCAAAAGGAUUUUGGCUAAUCGACAAUCGGCUGCCCGUUCAAAAGAAAGGAAGAUGAGGUACAUUUCGGAGUUGGAGCACAAAGUUCAGACUCUGCAAACAGAAGCUACCACAUUGUCUGCACAACUUACACUGCUGCAGAGAGAUUCUGUUGGGCUCACUAACCAGAAUAAUGAGUUGAAGUUUCGUCUUCAAGCUAUGGAACAGCAGGCACAACUCCGAGAUGCUCUCAACGAAGCCUUAACGGCCGAAGUUCAACGAUUGAAAAUCGCCACAACUGAGCUCGGUGCAGAUUCUAUCCCUUCUAAGUGCAUGUCACAGCUCUCAAUGAACCCCCAAAUGUACCAAAUGCAGCAGCAGCAGCAGCAGGCUCAUUCGAAUCAAUUCAACAACCAGCAACAUCAACAUCAACAGCAAGCCUCGUCGCAGUCUCAGAUUGGUAACGGAACCUCAAAAACCGAGUCAAGUUAAGGAUGUUCGAAAAAAAAAAGAUAAAAAAAAAACUUAAAUGGUAUUUAUUCAUUUGGUUGGUCUUCUUUAAUUGAGUCAUCGGUCUUAGUAUUUAUUAAGUGCAUUUAUUCAUUAGUUCUUUUGUCUACAACAAAAACAAGAAGUAGAAGAAAAAGUGUUGAAGGUGUGUUGUUUUUUAAUUAAAUGUCCAGCUCGGGCAGUUUGUUUUUGAGUCAUCUUAGUCUUUUUUCUUAUUAUUAUACAAGUUAAAUUUGUGUUUUGUAAUGUUUUAAUGUUCUUUUUUGUUUUGUUAUUAUUAUUAUUAUUUAUUUAUUAGUAUAUAUUUGUUGGAAUGUGAAA